AACGGCCAUAACAAUGCUAACCAUAAUGGGACAUACAGUAUUAAUGCUGACAAUGAAGUCGAGUUGAAUGAUUACUACACCAUCAACACCAAGUUGCCGUUUUUAGAGCUACUACCGUACUACUUACCAUGUUUCUCUUGGAUUCCAGACUACUCUAUGAAUAAGUUUUUCCACGACUUGAUUGCUGGGUUGACGUUGGCAUCAUUCCAGAUCCCCAUAUCUAUAUCUUAUGCUAAUACAAUUGCCCAUGCCCCAACGAUAUGUGGGUUAUACGGGUUGAUUAUUCCUCCGUUCAUAUAUGCAAUUCUAGGGUCGGUUCCCCAGAUGAUUGUGGGACCAGAGGCAGCUAUAUCAUUGGUGGUGGGGCAGACAGUUGACUACAUGCGGUUCCAUCACAGCGAGGAAAUACAGCCUAUCGACAUUGUGGUAAUCAUGUCAAUGAUGGCUGGUUUCUUUUUGUUUUUUUUUGGUCUAUUCCGGUUCGGUUAUGUUGAGAACGUAUUGUCCAAAUCUUUGCUUAAUGGGUUUAUCUGUGCAGUAGGAAUGAUUAUGAUAAUCAAUUCCCUCUUCGGAGAGUUGAAGCUAGAUGCACUGAAGUCAGAGACUCUAUUAGACUCGCCAUACGACAAAUUUGUGUUCAUUAUACAUCAGGUGCAAGCUGGUAACUAUCACUGGCCAACGGUUUUGUUGAGUGGAGUGUCCUUACUGGUUGUGUUGGUGAUUCGUCGAUUCAAAAAGAAGGGUGGGUUUACGAACUCUUCUCAGACGUUCCAGAAAAUCUUGACGUUGUUUCCAGAGAUACUAGCGGUCGUAAUUAUUACCACCAUUUUCUCCUAUGAGAUGGACUUCAAGGGCAGGUACAAAAUACAACAUCUUGGGGCUGUAACUAAUGAGGAAGGCAAGGGCAACAUUGUAAUGAAGAAUCCGUUUUCAAGGGACAAGCUCAGGUACUAUGACGAACUAUUGUUUCCAUCAUUAACCAUUGGGAUAUUGGGGUUUUUGGAAAGCACCACUGCAUCCCAAUCGCUCGGGUCGAUCUACAACUUGCCAAUUUCAGCCAACAGAGAGCUUGUUGCAUUAGGGAUGUUGAAUAUUGCUGGGUCGUUUUUCUCGGCCCUUGCAUCGUUCGGAGGGUAUGGUCGAUCAAAGAUCAAUGCAUUGUCAGGAGCUCGCACAACCAUCUCAGGGUUUGUGAUGGGUUUCUUCACUCUUCUUACCACAUUUUUUAUGCUAAAGUACUUUCACUACUUGCCAAUGUGUAUAUUGUCCGUGAUAACAACGGUGGUGGGGAUCAAUUUGCUAAUGGAAGUACCAGGCCAUUUGGUGUUCCACUGGAGAGAUAAAGGCUGGAACGAGUUACUUACAUUUUUCAUUACAUUGUCCAUAUCGAUAUUCUACUCAGUCGAAAGUGGUAUCAUUGUUGGCUGUGGGUACUCUGUUUUAAGAGUGGUGAAGCACUCUUCGAAAUCGCGGAUUCAGAUCUUGGGGCGAGUUCCCAAUACAAACCACUUUACAAAUGCAGACGAGCAAAUACCAGAAGGGCUUAGCAAAGAGGAAUUCCAAUUUAUCAUCACUAGCAACAGAAAAAUUGCAUCGAAUUUGGAAGAAAUUGAGGGUUGUUUGAUUAUCAAGAUUCCUGAACCGCUUACAUUCACUAACACGUCAGAUUUGAAAAUUCGGUUAAAUAGGUUGGAGAAGUAUGGGUCAAUCAAAAUCCAUCCGGCAACAAACAGGAUUCGGAAGCAGUCGAUGACAAGAUAUGUGAUAUUUGACAUGCAUGGGAUGACAGAGCUUGACUCAUCAGCAGCACAGAUUCUCAAGGACAUUGUAAUAAACUACUCCGGAAGAGGCAUCUAUGUAUUAUUUUGCAGAGUGGCUAGGAGCAAAAGAGUUCGAGAAAGAUUAUUCGAUUCUGGAAUC